AUGUCAUUACUUGAUGAUAAGCUAUCUGCCAGAGAUAAGUUGGACCUGAAGCCAAAGAUCGAUUACCAUGUCGGAAACGGCUACUUUUGGUUUGGAUACAAAAUUUGGAUUUAUCGAGUGGCCUACACUGAGUCAAGCGCUCCAAGUAACUCUGACACCGGAUCUAAGAAUCAAUCGCAGGGAAGCCAAAAAAUUAUGAACAUCGAUUGCUAUGGGGCUUUUCCCAAAGAGGGAAUACACGAACUCGUCUGCCAUUCUAUUGCCAUGUCCACCCUUGGUGAUUCGGCACUCAACUUAAAGCACAAAGAUAUUUGGAUCUUCGAACCAUCAGAAGUAUGGUCACGUCGUUUUCGCGGUGAUUAUUGGACGCCAACAAACAUAAUCCAUAGUCGCCCCCUCAAGUAUAUAUUCAUGGAUAGGAAUGUGAAGAAGAGCAUUAUCCACAAAUUUGACACUUUCUACUCGGAGGAAAAUGAGGACAAGAAGCUAUUCGAAGAGCUGGGGUCCAAGCACAAACUUGUGUAUCUGCUAGAAGGAGAGUCAGGCACAGGAAAAACAAGUCUGAUUACGGGUUUGGCUCAUCGUUAUCGUUUGAAUCUGUGUUGGGUCAACCUGCAGAAACAGAAUGAGGAAGAUCUAAAGAUAAUAUUGCGGCGUGUUCCUGAGUCGUCGAUGAUUGUUUUCGAAGACAUCAAGCCGAGUACGUUUCGAGAGUAUAAACCAGAAUCGAAUGAAGGAUUUCCACUGUCAACCUUUUUGAAUAUACUUGAUGGUCUGAUAUCUCCUGAGGGGAAUAUCAUUAUCAUGACAACCAACUACUUCCAAGAACUUCAUGAUUUCUCUCCGGAGCUACUUCGUGAAGGUCGAGUGGAUGAAACUGUCAAAUUCACAUACAUUGACAAGGAACAGGCGACAAGCAUGUUUCAUGCGUAUACCAACCCAAACACGGAAUCGACAGAAUUAGCCCCUGAAUCUCUUGAGCAAGGAGAGAAAUUUGGAAAGCUUCUCGAUGGAAUGAAAGUCAGACAUUCUGCAGUACAAAAACAUCUUCUUAAAUGGAUAAGGGAUUCCAAGGGAGCAUUUGAUCAUGCAGAAGAAUGGUUGAAGAAUCUUUUGGCUGAAAAAUCUGACAAAACCAAAACACAAAACAGUGAGACAUCGCAUGGACCUACAAUGAUGGACGAUAUUAAGAUUUUGAAAGAGACUGGACAGUUGAACGAUAAUGUGAUGGUGGAUAAAAGCAGGUUGGCUACUGAUGAUAAAGAGGUAGAUGAGAGUAGAAUGGCAGAUGAUGUCAAGAUGGUGGAUGAGAGCAAUUCGUUAAGUGAUGGCAAGGUGGGGACUGAAAGUAGACUGAUAGAUGAUGCUAAGAUGGCCGGCGAAAUGUUGGGCUAA